CUCAGUCCACCCGGAUCAAUAAGCGAGUGAGAGAGGGGCGCUCAUCGGCUGUACACUUUUCAUUGCGCGCGUUUUCACGUGGAUCAGCGGAGUCAGAGGGGACAGUGCGCUUGUGUUCAGGUGCAGGGACCUCGAGUGUAGCACCAUGGCUCUCCCGCAGCUCGGCUAUAAGUAUGUGAGAGCGCUGUAUCCGACUGAUCGGGCCGGAAUGCUGGCGGGCCGUGUGGGUGCCGAGCUCAGCCCGACCAGCAGCAUCUCUAACUCCCUUUCUCUGUACGGAUCUCCAUUCAGCGCCAACCAGGCAUACAGCGCCUUCCUGCCCUACUCCAGCGACGUCUCCGUGCUCAACCACCUGACCAGUCCAUACGAGCUGAAAGAGAGUCCCGGGAUGCAGCACCCUGGGUUUCCCCCCGGGCAUCCAGCUUUCUUCCCUUAUAGCCAGUAUCAGUAUGGAGAUGCGUCGCGACCCAAAAACGCCACCCGUGAGAGCACAAGUACCCUGAAGGCCUGGCUGAGCGAGCACAGGAAGAACCCGUAUCCCACCAAGGGCGAGAAGAUCAUGCUGGCCAUCAUCACCAAAAUGACUCUCACACAAGUGUCCACCUGGUUCGCAAAUGCGCGCAGGAGACUGAAGAAGGAGAACAAGAUGACCUGGGUACCAAAGACACAACCGGACGAGGAGGGAAACGUUUACCCGAGCGACAACGAGGGUGAGGAGGAAGAGGACAAGCGGGACGAGGACGACGACGAGGAGAUCGACCUGGAGAACAUCGACACAGAGAACAUCGAAAACAAGGAAGACUCGGACUGUCGAGACGAACUCAGAUCGGAUUCCAAAAUCACGGAAACGGACAGGAGUGACUCAGACGCGUCCGAGGGGUUUGAGGACACGCAGGGACAGAGGGAAAGUUUUGUAAAAAAUACCGGAAUGAAAGACAGUGACAACUGCGCGGAGGGACAGAGGGCUGAGGACAGGAAAAGCCCCACAGUAGAGCCCUUGAGGAAUCUAAACCCACCACAAAAGCCCAAAAUUUGGUCUUUGGCAGAAACAGCCACGACGCCAGAUCAUCCGAAAAAGUCUGCAGUAAUGAGCAGGACUGCUGCGCAGAGCUCUGCCGGGAGCAUGCACAACUGGACAAAAAUGGCCAUUUCUGCUCAACAGCUCGCAUUAACACACCAUUACUUUGGACUUAAACAGCCGAGCAGCAGCGUUAUGAUUAACAAGCACGCAGACGCCAGGACUCACGCCUUAUGAGCCCUUCCUUACAGACUAUAAUGGACAGUGAAAUAAAUAUUUUUCGUCGUGUUUUUUUUUCUAUUUCACAUUCUCCGCAUGGAUAAAUGCAAUACUUCAUUUCUUUGAAGAGAAAAUGUCUAUUGAUUUUUUUUUUUUUUUUUACAUAAAUGAGCCUUUGAAUUUGUAAAAUAGCUAUGGAUGUUGCCUAGCACUUCCCUUAACAUGAGAGUAUAAUAGAGUAAAUGUUUAUAUUGCUAACUUACCCGCCUUUUCGUUGUGUUUAUUUAUCAGUCAUGUGAUCACCCUUUUCUGUCAGCAGUUCACUGAUUGAAAAUGUUUAACAAACAGACACACUGCAGCAAUAUAAUUCUAUAUUUUUAAGGGGGGAAAUAACGUUUCAUUCACUUACUGAUAUGGAAAGAGAACGGUGCCUUUAAAACACUAAUGAGAUCCACAUUCUGUUUUAAGACUGAACGCAAACAAAUAUUCUUAAACGAAAUGCUUUAACAAAUCCUUUUAUAAAAUGCUGAGACACAUAUUUUUCACUGUAAUUGUCUAAAUGAUUACAGCAAGGAAGUUUGUUUUAAAUUUUGAAAUUAACUAAUGUUACAGCUGU